UCGGUUUCCUCUAUAAAAGCGGUCUUCUAUGCGCCGUGUUUACUCAGUUUGGAACAAGUGUUUCGAGAGAAAUGCAGUCCGCGAAAGUGAUCUUUGUUCUAUCUGUGACCCUGGCGGUUGCCUUUGCUAACCCGAGGUUGCCGCCCGGUGCCCCGAAACCCCUGGAUGGAGAUGACUUAUCCAAGGCUAAGGAGCUCUUGGUCACCACACUCGCCAAACUUGCCACAGGAGAUGGCCCCAAUUAUCAGGUAGUGAAUGUGAUUUCGGCAUCUAGCCAACUGGUGGCUGGGUCGCUGCACAAAUUCGAGGUGGAGCUGUCCAACGGAUCCGACACCAAGGAGUGCACCGUAAAGAUCUGGGACAGGCCAUGGCUGCAUGAGCAGGGGGAGGCCACCAAUGUGAAGGUCCAGUGCAAGGAUGAAGCUGUGCUGGAGAAGACCUGGUAGAGCGUCAUUGCUGUGGUUUACCCAUACAAUUUGCAAUACAAUAAAUCUCAAUCUAUCUCUGGUGCUUGAGAAUUCACACAGAUGUGGGACAAUAAUUGUUCGAAGCGUGCCUACUCCGGUGAAUCCCAGAAUUGGUUGCGCUUAUAUCAUUGAACUGUGAUAAUUCAUUUGUGUGGAUUGUGGAGUAACCAGUUUUUUUAUAUUUAAAA